UUCCCACCCACGUCGCCUGUGCUGUGUAAUAUCCCUCCCUGCACCCGUGAAGUAAAGGCGUUAAAGCAGUGGUUGGAGACCCUUAAUCCCGGCCUGAAGGAGGAUAAAUAAUGUGCUCGCGGGUUGUUCCCAGGCAGCUGCAGUUCUGAAUCAAAGAGAAAAUGUCCCUCUACGAUGACUUGGGAGUUGAGACCAGCGAUUCAAAAACAGAAGGCUGGUCCAAAAAUUUCAAGCUACUGCAGUCUCAGUUGCAGGUGAAGAAGGCAGCUCUCACACAAGCAAAGAGCCAGAGAACAAAACAAACAACAGUCCUUGCUCCGGUGAUUGACCUGAAACGAGGCAGCACUUCUGAUGAGAGGCAGAUUGUGGACACGCCACCUCAUGUAGCAGCUGGAUUAAAGGAUCCUGUACCUAGUGGCUUUUCUGCAGGAGAUGUGUUAAUUCCUUUGGCAGAUGAAUAUGAUCCCAUGUUUCCAAAUGAUUAUGAGAAAGUGGUAAAACGUCAAAGAGAGGAACGACAGAGGCAGCGUGAACUGGAGAGGCAAAAGGAGAUUGAAGAAAGAGAAAAAAGACGUAAAGACAGACACGAAGCCAGCGGGUUUUCAAGAAGACCAGAUCCGGAUUCUGACGAAGAUGAAGAUUAUGAAAGGGAGAGAAGAAAACGAAGUAUGGGAGGAGCUGCUAUUGCACCACCUACAUCUCUCGUUGAGAAGGACAAAGAACCUGUAGCAUCAUUUCCGUUUGAAGAAGAGUCAAGACCUCGCGCUCCUUCCUCUAAAGCAGCUAUUCCUCCUCCAGUGUAUGAUGAGACAGAAAGACCUCGUUCACCAACAGGACCCAGUAACUCCUUCCUUGCUAACAUGGGAGGGACGGUAGCUCAUAAAAUCAUGCAGAAGUAUGGUUUCAGAGAGGGCCAAGGGCUGGGGAAGCAUGAACAGGGGUUGAGCACAGCCCUGUCAGUAGAGAAAACAAGCAAGAGAGGUGGCAAGAUCAUUAUUGGGGAGGUUACAGAAAAAGCAGAUGCAGCCAAGAAAACGGAUUCUAACCCAUUAACUGAGAUACUGAAAUGCCCUACUAAAGUGGUCCUUUUAAGGAAUAUGGUAGGUGCUGGGGAGGUAGAUGAAGAUCUAGAAGUUGAAACUAAGGAAGAAUGCGAAAAAUACGGCAAGGUUGGGAAAUGUGUCAUCUUUGAGAUUCCUGGUGCACCUGAUGAUGAAGCUGUAAGGAUAUUUUUAGAGUUUGAACGGGUUGAGUCUGCAAUCAAAGCUGUGGUGGAUCUAAAUGGAAGGUACUUUGGUGGCCGAGUGGUGAAGGCUUGUUUCUACAACCUGGACAAGUUCAGAGUACUGGAUCUGGCAGAACAAGUUUGAUUUUAAAAAUCUAGCUCGAGGUGUCACUGUUCUGGCAAUCGUGUUUUCAGCAGAAGGCUGGGAAUGAAGAAGAGAAGCUUUCCUAGCAAACUGGAAACAAGCCUCAUUGAAUGGAUUUUUCACAUUCGUUGUGACUUACACUUUUUGUAAUAUAAAGCCCUUUGAAAGUAAAAUUCACGUCUGUGUGGUUUUGAAUUGCACAAUUCUGCUUAUUGCUCUGGGAAUGUUUUUAUGUUUUGAGCUUUCAAAGGACUUUUUGAACCCCACUGCUGAGGAGAUGCUUUGUCUGUAUUCCUGCUUUCCUUGUUCUGGUGCUUCCUCAUGGAGUCCGCUGUGCUGCAUCCACAGUAAGUGGGAAGCUUUGGAAAAGGACAGUGUGCUAUCAUGCUUCUCCUUCCUCGUGGUAUCUCCCAGAAUUCCAGCCUUGCUCCUAAGUCCUCAGUCUCAGAACUCCAGAGUGAUUUGUGGUCAUUGGAUGAUUGGCAGCUAAUUGUUCUGUAGUUUGUCUCCAGGACAAUACUUUCCAUACCAGAACGGAGAGUAAAGUAACAAGGAAUGAAUUUGUAUUUCUUCCCAAAUCCAAUGAAAAUGCAUAACUAUACAUAAGUUUAACCCAGGGAAACGAAAGGAGGAAGGAUUUAAAAUACCUAGCCACUUAAAUCCAAGUGAUGGGACUGUCAGUGGAAACUUUCUGCUAGAGUCCUUGCUAGAAAUACUGAGGAUUAACUGAACACAGGUCAGUAUUGAAGUACUGUAGGAACUGAUGGAAACUCAUUCUUGUAUCUGGCCAACCACACGAUUCUCACUUUCUCCAACAUCGCAGUUAAGUAACUAACUUUUAAAAUGCAUUGAGACCUGGCAUGUGCUCUCUCUAUUUCUCUGUUUGCAGUCAGAUAACACUGAGGGACAUAUUUAAGAGGGCAUGCUGGAUGAAGUUUUCAAAAGAGGCAAUGAAAGAAAAUUCUCAUGGAAAACUGAAGAGCUGGCAAACAAAAUUGCUAAAAGCCACAUUGCUUUUUCCUCUCCAAUGUAAAAUAAGAAAUAGCAGUGUUCCUGGUUUUAUGUUUGCUUUUUGUUCAAAACAGUAUGUGACAAAGGGUUGGCAGGAGGUGUCAACGAUGACACUCGUCUGUGCUCCAUUAUACCCGGAAUUGCCACUGAAAUUGUACAAAUAUUAAAAGGGAAGAGAGCUUUGAGGGCAUUUUAGUAGGUUGGAAGUUGAUGCUGGAUGCCUUUUUCCUGUUGUACACAAGUAUGGGGGGAGUAGGGGGUGUAGACCUGUAGUUGAUCAAUGCUGUGUCUCCA